AUGACAUGUCAAAGUGAUCAUAAACCUCUCCAAGCUAUAUGGAAAAAAGGCUUGAACUCAGCACCUCCACGACUGCAGCGCAUAUUACUGCAUUUGCAGCCGUAUGAUAUUGAUGUAGUUUUCAUCCCCGGGAAAGAUAUACCCCUAGCAGAUUGUUUGUCUCGGAAAUUCUUACCAGACACAUGCCCAGAAAUAGCCGAAUCGGCUAAUCUAGAAACACAUGUACACACAAUAAUGUCGAACUUACCAGUGAGUGACCAAAAAAUGGAACAAAUUAGGUUAACAACCAAAUCUGACCUACAAAUGAAAAUUCUUUCAUCAGUUAUUCAUGAAGGAUGGCCUAAUAAUAGAACAGAUUGCCCUCAAAGUAUUCUGGAAUUCUGGAAUUUCAGAGAUGAACUAUCAGUUAUAGAUGGUGUCAUCUUAAAUAAUACUAAAAUUCUAGUUCCAGCAGAGCUCAGAUCACUCAUGCUUGACAUUAUUCAUGAUGCACACUUAGGUGUAGAAAAAUGCUUAAAUAGAACUCGAAACGUGCUCUUUUGGCCAAACAUGGCCACAGACAUAAAGAAAAAAGUCCUGGAAUGCCCUAUAUGUAUAGAGCAUAGGUGUUCAAACCCAAAGGAACCCCUGAGACCAAAUAAAAUACCUGAUAGGCCAUGGCAAAUUUGUGCUACAGAUCUCUUUCAUUGGAAUAAUUCAGAUUAUGUGUUAUUAGUUGAUGCUUACAGCAAGUACUUUGAAGUUAGUCAAAUCUCAAGUACAAAAUCUAGUACAGUCAUUAACAAAUUGAAAAGCUUCUUUAGCAGGCAUGGAAUACCUGAAGUAUUGUUCUCAGAUAAUGGCCCCUGUUACAGUGCAGAAAGUUUCUUACAGUUCACAAAACUGUAUGAUUUUUCUCAUGUUACAUCAUCCCCAGGUCAUUCAUCAGGCAAUGGUUUGGCAGAAAUCACUGUCAAAACUGUCAAAAAUCUGUUUACAAAAUCAAAACAAGCAGGAAAAGAUCCUUAUCUUGCGAUGCUGGAAUAUCGCAAUGCCCCUUUACCCUGUGGAAAAUCUCCAGCACAGCUGCUUAUGAGCAGACAGUUAAGGUCGACAUUGCCAUUAAUGUCAGAGCAACUUGAUCCCAAAGUUCCUGACACACAGGUUAUCAGAGACAGCAUGUUUAAUGCUAAACAAAGGUCAAAAUAUUAUAAUGACAGGUCAACUAAAACCCUCAAACCUCUAGAAAUUGGAGAAGGUGUUAGAAUUAGGCAAGGAAAAAGUUGGUUACCUGCAGAAGUUAUGCAUAAAGUUCAUGACAGAUCUUAUGAUGUAAGAACAAAAGAUGGUGCAAUAUAUAGACGAAAUAGAUACCAUCUACUAAAAUCAAAUGAACAACCAUUUUCUGAAACUGAGAACAGUUCAAAUAAUUCAUUACACGAACCACCUUUAGAAAUUAAAUCUUAUAACACAAAAGUUCAUAACCCUAGUACAUAUGACCCUGCCAAUAAAAUAUUGACACCAGGUCAAGACGCUAAUUCUCAAAAAUCCCCUGUUGUCUUACAGUCCCAGACACCAAAACAAACUUCGCCUGUCAAACAUCAAUCACCCCUGUCUGAGAAUGCAGACAAUGAAUAUAAAACAAGAUCAGGUCGUUGUGUUAAAAAACCUCAUAAACUUACCAUGUAG